AUGUCCAAGCCAAAAGUUUACGUAAUCGGAGUGGGUAUGACCCCAUUCACCCGGCCCGGCUCUUCCGGCAAGGACUACCCGGAGCUGGUCAAAGAUGCCGUCACCGACGCCCUCAACGACGCCGGACUUCAAUACAAAGACGUGCAACAAGCGGCGGUUGGUUAUCUGGUUGGCGGAACUUGUUGUGCUCAACGCGCCUUGUAUGAGAUCGGAUUCACCGGUAUUCCCAUCUACAACGUGAACAACGCUUGUGCCAGUGGCUCCACGAGCCUGUUCCUGGCCAAACAGAUCAUCGAGUCCGGCAAUGCGGACGUGUUUCUCGCCGCAGGAUUCGAGAAAAUGGCCGCCGGCAAUUUAGACAAAUUGCUGGCUCCGAUUCCGGAUGGCCGUGCCUUCUCGACCGACAACCAUAUGAAGGUAAUUGAAAGGACGUUCGGUUUGACCAACUCGCCCAGUGCUUGUCAAAUGUUUGGUGCAGCUGGUCUGGAGCACAUGAAAAAAUACGGCACAAAAAGAGAGCACUUCGCCAAGAUUGGGUGGAAAAACCAUCUUCAUUCGGUCAAUAAUCCGUGAGUUUUUAAAAUACGUUGGGCUACCGGCUCCCGGAAUUUGCACUGUUCAAAAAAUGUUUUUGGAUUGCACAUAAUAGCAUUUUUUUUAUUUUCCCGAUAGACCGAUACCGUCGCCGAAAAAUGCCCAUUUUUUUAUAUGUCAUCCUGUUUCAGGAAAUCCCAAUUCCAACAGAAAUACACGCUGGACCAGGUGCUGAAGUCGCGUGAGAUCUACAAAGGCCUCGGCCUUCUCGAAUGCUCGCCCACCUCGGACGGAGCGGCCGCUGCCAUCCUGGUCAGCGAGAACUGGCUCCGCCGCAACCCCCAUCUCUACCCGCAAGCCGUUGAGCUUGUGGGAAUGGAGCUGGCCACCGACCAUCAAAGCGUCUUCAGCGACAGUUGCAUCAAGAUGAUCGGGUUUGACAUGGUUCAAGCGGCGGCGCAGCGUCUCUUUAAGAAGACGGGAGUUGCGGUAACGGACGUGCAGGUCAUUGAGUUGCACGAUUGCUUCGCGCCAAACGAGCUGAUCACCUACGAAGCGUUGGGAAUGUGUCCAAUUGGGAAGGGAGGAGAGAUUGUGGACAGAGCAGACAAUACCUAUGGUGGGAAAUGGGUGGUCAACCCAAGUGGAGGGCUGAUCUCGAAGGGACAUCCAAUUGGUGCUACUGGUAAGCGGAUAGCUACUAUAAUAUAAUACUAGUCCUUCCGUGAAAUCCACGCUGAACUGAAAAUCAACUUGAUUUUGCCAUGUUAAACGACUUUUCUUUCAGGCGUCGCCCAAUGCGUUGAACUCUGCAACCAGCUCCGUGGUCGGUGUGGAAAACGACAGGUCGAUAAUGUGCGGCAUGCUCUUCAACACAACAUUGGUAUUGGUGGAGCGAUAGCGUUGGCAAUUUAUCGACGAGCUGAUGGAAAGAGCAGCCCAAAGGUUGAGGGCAGCCGAAUUUAAAUCGCUCUUAAAGAUUUUUUAACGCGAAAAAUAAACCUUUAAAUUUUGAAAUUGUCUUUUCCUGUGAACGGCUAUUAGUAUCUUAAUAAAGCAGAUACAUUUUCCCGACAUAGUGAUACUAUACAUAGUGCCUUCGAAAAUAAGCUAGAACAAUUUCUUCGGCGAAGCAAUAUUUAUACGGAUCGUAUUUUACUCUGCGCUCUUUGAACCCAGGUUUUUUAUUCAGCUCUAUUUGCCAGUUGUUGCGAACACAAAAAUGUUGCGGUUACGUGGAAAGCGAAAAUUGUUAUGUUGUUUUUUGUUGUAGCUUAUUUGUCUUUUCCAUUUAGUCGGACAUAAGCCGUAACACCAGUUUAGUUGGAAAUGUUUAACACUUGGUAUAAAAGGAAGCUGACCGGUGAUUGAAGCGACUUUAGUUUUUCUUCAUUGCUUUCUGUUUUUAUCAGGUACAUGGAAGUCAAGUUGGCGUGCUUUUUGUCUAUAAGUUUACAAAAAAAUUUGCUAAAAGACACACCACCGAGAAAAGUUUAGGACACCCUUAGGACACAUUGUAAUUCUGUGGCGUCUUUUCAGGGGAAAACUUCCAAACGCGAUGCUCAGAUUUUCUUCACACUUUCCACGCUCUUCAGGUACAUAGAGGCUGUAUAUCUUAUACACCUGGAAGCUUAGAUGGCAACAUCCAACUUUGAAAUUCAUCUUUAGAAUUUUCUGUGUAAGCAAAUACUGGCUGAUCUCCAAACACGCCCGCAGAAUCUCCGCGAUUCUUCUAACUGCCGGCAAAAUGGUUGCCCAUAAGUGUGGGCCCUUUUUUGCCACUGUCACUAUUUUGCGUUUUUUUGCAGGUUUUGCAAAGGGGUUGUUAUGUCGUCGACUUGACAGUAACGUUGUCAAAAUGCCGCAGAAUCUCCGUGGCUCUUCUAGAUGCCAGCAAAGUGGUGUGCGCCCUCCCUGAACCCAUAGCCCGACCCAAAAUUCUUGGUCUUUUCCGCAAAGCGAACCAGCUCACCUAGGGCUUGGAAAAAAUAUUCUAAAUUUGUGCCAAAUUUCAUCAAGGUCCCGGCGUCGCAGUUGAGGUGCUUCCUUUCUUCUGCAACUUUUUUCAUUGCUCUGGGCGUUAAACUUCGAGGCACAAACAAGACGUUUAUAUGUCUUGAUCCUACUACGGGCUAAUUUUUGUGGCAUACUUUCUCAGAUACUGCCAAAACUUCCCGAUCUCCCCACAAUCUCACAACAUUUGUAUUGUGCAUUGUAGCCCUCGUUACGCUAACUAUAAAGUCCACCAACCUUUGCUGUAAAAUUUUCCAAAAUUUCCCAUCCCCAUGCGUUGUAUCACGCCUUCCCCGCAACAACUAAGCCUCAAAAGACACUUAAUGUUCGUAUCUCGGGUUUGAUUAGACGUUGAAACUAUCAGUUUUGUAGUCAACGGCAGGAGAAGUCAACGAAAAACAACGCUUUGUGAAUGAAUCUCUAUAUAAAGGAGAAGACUCCGACUGUUUUCAUUGCCGUUUUUCCCCAAAAAUCGGUGUAAAACACAAUAAAAAUAUGGUGGAAAAUAUUUUGGAGACCUUUUUUUAAAUUGCUUAACAACUCUUGACGAACUUUCAGCUGAAAACUUUUUAAUUCAGACCUUCAAAUUAGACGAUUCUGGGAAAUUUGGUAUUUUUUUUUUACUUUUUGCGACUUUUACAGUGUUUCCUUGAGCUUACUGCAUUAAGAAUUGCUCCUACUCUAGACCAGCCCGCAUUUCUUGCUUUGUCAACAUUUUUUGACAGCUUUAAUUCAGUAAAUUUUCUUGAACUCUCAGAAAUGUUUGGUGAUUUUUCCUUUAGUUAAAGUUGUAACUUUUUGUCGGCGGCCGAUUUUAAGCUUUCACUGCUUGGUUUCCAAAAAAACAGGUAAAUUUUUUCCAAAAUGCAGACGAUCCUUGGCCAGUUUAUUGUAAGCUUGAGCGCCUUGAAAAGUCGAAUGUUUUAUUGCACAAGGUUCACAGUCAAGACAAGGUGCACGAAGUACCCGAAGUGCAACGGUCACAUUUUCUUUAAAUUCUGCGCAGCUGCAUUUUCUAGUAACGGCCAAGAUCAGUCAAUUGCUUUUGCUGCCGAAGGAGUGUGCGAAGCCCAGAAAACGACCACAAAGAAGGCCACAUUUUGACCGUAUUUUUGUCAGCUUAGGGCAAAAAAAAACAUAACAUUUCUGAGGAAGCAUUGGACUCUAUUUCCACUCCAGAAAGAAACAGGGCGCAUAUUAUGCAAAGGUUCUCAAAGAGAUGCCCGCCAACGGUUCGCUAAUUCCACAUUUAAAUUCCGUUUUGAUAUUUUUAUUUCUCGCCAAUAUUCAUGAUCACUUCCGCUUUAUUCGAGCAUCGCGGCAGAAGAUCUCCCAGCACCGUAAAAUCCCCUUCUCUUUCAGCCAAUCAUGUCCAAGCCAAAGGUCUACGUAGUCGGAGUGGGUAUGACCCCGUUCACAAAGCCCGGCUCCACCGGCAAAGACUACCCCGAGCUGGUCAAAGAUGCCGUCACCGACGCCCUCAACGAUGCCGGACUUCAGUACAAGGACAUUCAACAAGCUUUCGUCGGCUACUUGUUCGGCGGAACUUGUUGCGGACAACGCGCCUUGUAUGAGAUCGGAUUCACCGGCAUUCCCAUCUACAACGUGAACAACGCGUGCUGCUCCGGCUCCACAGGCAUCUUCUUGGCCAAGCAGGUCAUCGAAGGCGGCAAUGCUGACGUGUGUUUGGCCGUGGGAUUCGAGAAAAUGGCCGCCGGCUCCUUGGAUAAAAUGCACAACAACCCCGACAAUCGCGCUCAAUCCAACGACUUCCAUCUGAAAGUCGCGCAGAAUGCAUAUGGCGUCUCCAAUGCUCCAGUAAACUGUCAACUUUUCGGUACGGCCGCGAUGGAGCAUAUGGAGAAAUAUGGGACGAAAAGAGAGCAUUUCGCCAAGAUUGGGUGGAAAAACCAUCUUCAUUCGGUCAAUAAUCCGUAAGUUUGUAAAAUACGAUGGGCCACAGUAAAGCUGUCUGACGUUACACUGUUUAUAACAAAAAUUUCUUUUUUAAUGGAUUGCACAGUGCAAAGUUUUCCUUCUCAUGAAACUGCACUGUGCAAAAUUUGUUACUCCAAAAAGUUGCACGGUGCGAAUUUUUCCUUCCCGAAAAAUUGCGCUGUGCAAAAUUUUCUUUCUCGAAAAACUGCACUGUGCAAAAUUUCUUCUUUCCAAAAAAUUGCACUGUGCAAACAUUUGCUAUCCAAAAAACUUCACUGUGCAAAAAUGUUUUCUUCCCAAAAAAUUGCAUUGUGCAAAAUUUCUGUUUCCCAAAAAUAGCACUGUGCAAAAAAAUCUCUAAUUCAAAAAUCCGAACUGUGAAAAAUUCAAAAUUUGUCAAACUUGCACAGUGCGAAAUUUAGAAGUUCAGACAAUUAAACUUUUACUCAAACCGCUUUUUGCAGAAAAUCCCAAUUCACCAAGAUGUACACAUUGGAUGAGGUGCUCAAAUCGCGCAAGAUCUUCGGCCCCUUGGGGCUUUUGGAAUGUUCGCCCACGUCCGACGGCUCCGCCGCCGUGGUUGUGGUCAGUGAGCGUUGGCUCAACCAAAACCCCCAUCUGCGCACCCAAGCCGUCGAGAUUGUGGGCAUGGAGCUGGGAACGGACCUGCCCGGUGCCUUCGAGAAGUCGUGUAUUGACAUGAUCGGCUUUGGGAUGUGUCAAGCGGCGGCCAAGCGCCUGUUCAGCAAGUCUGGAUACACUCCGAACGAUGUGCAGGCCAUUGAAUUGCACGAUUGUUUCGCACCAAACGAGUUGAUCACGUACGAAGCGCUGGGGUUGUGUCCAGUUGGAAAGGCGGGAGAACUGAUCGAUAGAGGUGACAAUACGUAUGGCGGGAAGUGGGUGAUCAACCCGAGUGGAGGGCUGAUCUCAAAGGGACAUCCUAUUGGUGCUACUGGUAAGGGGUUCUCUGAAAUUGUCAAAGAAAAUAGCCGAAGGUUAAAAAAAUAAGUUUUGAUGAAACCAAAGGAUCAAAAAGGAGUCCAAUGGUUAAGAUUGUUUUGAAAAAACACAUGGAACAUCAGAAGCAGAGUCAAUUUUCAACUAGCCCGUUUGCAAAGUCGCUGGAGUGAUUUCGGCCACAUUGGGUUCGAGUGACAGCCCGAAAAAGCCUAUUAAUCCGUGCAGAAUGUGGCUGGACAGACUUUGACGAUAUGCACUGUGCGAAAACAAAAGUUCACUUUGCACCGUGCAAAAGGGCUCUGCCACUCGCACUGCCACUCGCACUCUGACUUUUCUUGCUCUGUGAAAGUGCCAGAAAUCAUUCCGGCGCCUUCUUUGCCAGACUAGUAGCUUUUAUAAUGACUUUUUUAUAUCAUAAGCUAUGCGAUAGCUCCAAAUUUUCAAUUUCUCGUCUUUUUUUUCUUUGUAACUAAAAAUUUUUAAAAAAUCAUUGGAUAAGUAUCAAUCUCUAAUAAUUCACUUCAUUUUCAGGCGUCGCUCAAUGCGUUGAGAUCUCCAACCAGCUGCGUGGACGUUGUGGAAAGCGUCAAGUGCCAAACAUGCGUCUGGGACUUCAGCACAACCUGGGAAUCGGCGGGGCCGUCGUCUUGGGGCUGUAUCGUCGUGCGGAUGGUGGAGUGGCACCAACCAACGGGGGAUUUGCAACAAGUCGUUUGUAG